GAGUUGAUCUCCAAUGGAAGCGACGGGUGGAGUUUUAGGUUUGAAUUCUAGCGGAAAUCGUCUCGAACGUUCUUUGGGUCAGACAGCGUCGCAUGGUCGGUCGGAAAAGAGACGGGCGGAGUUACACGUUCCAUGUUUCAGUCGCAACUCGCAACAAACUCAUACGCAUCGGCUGUCAUGUCGAGUACCCUUUGAUUCGAUUUAUGUCGUCUCAUCUGUAGAAAUCUCCAGUCGUCUAGGCGAAAGUCAACGCCGAUCCGUGCCCAUUCUAAAAGGAAAAAAGCAAAAUGGAACUUUCCGAGACACGGGAAUCGCCGGACAUGUCAAACAGCAUUGACGGUUUCACUCACAUCUUGCCAGAAAUGGCCAUGUCCUCGUCCAUCUCUUCCAAAUCUCAAUACAGCCAGGUUGUCUUUCACGAUUUGCCUGAUGUUUGGCCAACAGAUGGUGACAUGGUCUGCACAUAUUCCUUGACUGACAAUGUCCUUCCUCAAUAUGGAGAUAAAAUUGCAUUGUUUAAAGUCGGAUGGUCCAUGGUGUCUGAAUACAUCACUUUUCAGAGGGUACCAACAGACUUGACCAAAAGAGAACGAUUGUCUGUUACAUUCAAAGCUGAAACAUUGCCUAAAGAUGACAAAGAGAUAUACCAGUUGUGCUAUGUUACAAGUGGUAACGUAAUUGCUGGAGCCAGCACUGCUUUCUGUUUUCAUAAGCCAAAUGAAAAUGAGCUUAUGGGUGUUGAGGACCCGUUUAACCCAGGGCUUGUGGUUUUCAAGUCCCGGGUUGCGUGUCUGCAAAGUGAAUUGAAAAAGAAAGUUGAAGCCAAUGAGUUGCUAAAUAUUCGGUAUGAACUGCUUGAAAACAAUUUUGCAAUACUACAAAAGGAGAUAAUGAAAAGUGAGGAAGAGAUAAGAACCCAAAAACAGAUAGUGGCCGAGUUGUUAGAAGACAAAAAGGAAAAGGAAAGUGUACAUUUAAAAUUUGAAGAAGAAGUGAGAGCCCAACAGCAAAAAAUAUCUGAUCUAAUAAAAGAAAAUGAAGAACAAAAGAAGGCAUUGGAAGAACAACUAAACACUAAACAAAAUGAAUACAAAAUUAACAAGGAAUUUGCUAUGCUAGAAGCUUUGACUAUGAAAGAGAAUGAACUUACUAAUUAUGUGACAGUUUUGAAAGCUGAGAAGAAGGAUUUAGAAGAAAGGCUAUGUAAUCUUCAGAUACGUGAGCAAUCUAAAUCAAGUAAGGAGAAACAGUUUACAAAAGCAUUAAAUCUUAUCAGUGAAGAAAACAAAACCCUGAAAGAAGAGAAGGACAAGGUGCUGCAAGAGCUACUGGAAAACAAACAGAAACUCCUUUCAUUAAUUUCUACAUUGAGGUGUCUUGAAGAGGACAAAGCUCAUUCAGACAAGAGAACCGAAGAGAUCGUUAGGCUUAACAAACAACUAGAAACAGAAUCAGAAGAAAUAAAAAACAAACACGAAUUCCUCACAAAGAUUUUAACCAUAAAAGAAAAUCAGCUAACAAAAAUGGAAAACGAAGUCAAAACAACUAAAGAAUCCUUGAAAGAAACACAAGAUGCAUUGGAAAAAAACAAAUCUGAAAUGAACAGUCUACACCUACAGUUGAAUACAAAAGAUCUAGCUUUACAAGGUCAUCUUAAAGAGAUUGCAAGAUUGAAGGAUCAAACACCAGCUGUUUGUGAAGAUGAAGAUGUUGAAGUCCUCCGUGUAAAACUUGUAACCUUGCAGGCACAUCAUGAGAUCUGUGAAGAGCGGAUAAAAUGUUUGGUGAACCAAUUGGAUUGUAUGCAGUUAGAUUAUGAGAAUGAAAUUGGUGUUCUUUCCAUUCAAAAUGAUGAGAAUAAGGCCAAAAUAAAACAACUAGAGGAAACAAUUGCCAGUAUGGUGAAAGAAAAUGAAAACAAUAAAAAUUCUUUUGAAGCUUCCCUAACUGACAAGUUGUUAAAAGUAAAAGAAGAAAAAGCCAGUUUAAGCUCUGAACUUGUUCAGGUAAGGCAUGAAAAUAAAGAAUUAGAAAGGGCGCUCCAAGAGGCCAAAGAAGGCAAUGCCGCUCUUAAAAGUCGGACCAAAGUGCUUGAAUAUGAAUUAGGCACUUUGAGGUCUAACAAUUCUCAGGCACCAAAACCUAGUUCAGAAGCGUUGUUUCACCAGCUUGAAUUAUUUAACAAAAACAUGCCUAAUAUUAUCACAUUAAAUAGCUUCAUAGCUGAGCAGGCAUUGAUUUUUAAAGGAAAUCUGGAAAAGGAAAGAGAAGAGAAAAUGUUUCUUCAAUACAAAAUUGAAAAUCUCUUAAAAAGUGACACUGAAAUGUGCCAAAAAUACAAAGAAAUGGAAAUGAAGUACAAUGCGGCUUCUCUACAGAAUUCAAGGUCUCUCUCGAGUGAAUCGGAUCAGUUGGAGAAAGUUUUGUCGGAAAAACAAGAACUGGAGGUACAAGUCAUGGAACUGAGAAAAAAUUUGAUGGGCACAAUAAGUGUGGGUUUCACAAAAGACCUACACCAACAAAUCGAUUCCUUGAAAGCAGAGAUAGCACAAAAGGAUGAAAGAAUUCUAAAUCUGGAGAAAGCAGUCUUUUCUGCAUCGCUUUGAGGAUGUAAUAGUUAUCUUCGUUAAAAAGUUUAUACAAAUACCAUAAUUUUAUUUUUGGACAUAUUUUUUUCUUGUUUUUUUUUUUUAAAGACAUUUCCUAUUUUAAACAUAUUCGUUUUGAUCUAUGUAAGUUUAUUUAACAUUUUUAAAAUAAUAUAUUUGUAAUUAUUCGUUAGAAUUUUUAAUGACUAAACCUAUGAUGGUAACAGUUGAUAGCCGCAUAGAAUGUGUAUCCAACUAAUUGUGAUAUUGUUAAGUGCAUAAUUUACCUUAUUACAAUAAUAUUUCCUAAAAUUAUAUUUCUUUCAGUUAAUGUUUUGUCUAUUGAAAAAAUAAUUUGUCAAAUGUAUGGGAAUCAGUUGUUUAGUAUUGAAAAUAUAUUGGUGUUGAAUUAAACUGUAUUUGUAAAUAAAUAUAUUAACGAG